AUGGACUUCCCUGACGAUGAUGUCCUGCGGGAACUAGAGAGCAGAGAAUACAGUGUAAAGGAAUUCUUCUCCAAGACUGAGCUGGCUAAGCUGUCCGACUACGAAAUGCUGAGGUACAAAAACAUGAGAAAGAACUACGAGAUCAUGCUGGCCGUUGGAUUACCAGCAGUGAUGCCCGAGUUUAUGAGAGGUCCUAGAUCUAGAAUAAAACGGAAACCGAAGAAGGUGGAAUCAGAUAGCGAUGAAGAAUGGACCCCUCACAGGUCUUCUAGAGAAAAGAAACAGACAGUUAGAUUUUCAGUCAAUGUCCCAGAAAAGGUACUGAAAGGAAAACGUCCGAAGAAAGUGUUAAAGACUGACAAAAGCACUAAAGAACCCAAGAGAAUGGAACAACGAAUAUAUCCCUUGCGUGUUCAAGAAAGACUGAAUUACAUGGAUUUGGAAGCGCCGGAUGACGACGAGUUCAUAUACUGCGAAGAAUGUAAUGGAGAGCACGAAGGGGAUUGCCCGGUGCACGGACCGCUGUUGGUUGUGGAAGACACCAAGCAAUCCCUAGGUAUUGCUGACAGAGCAAAGAAAACUCUUCCACCUGGUGUAUCAGUUCGAAAAUCAAGAAUACCGAAUGCCGGGUUGGGAGUUUUCACUGACAAAUAUAUCUCCAAGCGAACGAAAUUCGGUCCUUAUGAAGGAAAGAUAACCGAAAACCAGGAGGAGGCCCACGAAACUGGAUAUGCUUGGCAGAUAUAUAAGCAAGGUCAACCCAGUCAUUUCGUGAACGCCUAUGAAGAAACCAUGAGCAACUGGAUGAGAUACGUCAACUGUGCAAGAUCAGAAUCCGAACAAAAUCUUGUCGCUUUUCAACAUAAAGGAGAGAUAUACUACAGAUCUUUUAAAGACAUCCCUCCAGGGACAGAACUGCUGGUGUGGUAUGGUCAUGAUUAUGGAAAAGAACUAGGGAUACACAGAGAGGAAAUCCAAAUUAUUUCAAAAUUUAUAAAUGGGGAAGAAAUGUUCUGUUGUAAUUGGUGCCAGAUGGGGUUUAGCACCAAAGAAUACCUAGCAAAACACUGCAAAUACAAACAUGGACAAAGUCUGUUACUGUCUAAAGACAUUCAACGUUAUAAUGGUGAUGAUAUUUUUCCAUGCCAGCAUUGCAAUAUCUGCUUUAGUACUUCUGCCUUUCUUGAAAUCCAUAUACCCCACUGUCGCAAGAAGGGGAAAGAAAACAUCCACGUAGUUAGUAAUACUGCAUUUGAAUCGAAGGGAGAAAAUGAUACAGAAGGCUUUGGAUUUUAUACGCCUACCAAAAGAAGGAAACCCUUAACCAAACGCACCAAUAACGAUGUAGGAGGAUGGCGUUCUGCCAAAGGAAGCGAGGACAAAGACAAACACAUCAUGACACAUACUGGUGAUAAAUCUUACAAAUGUGAUGUCUGUGGGAAGGCGUUCAGUGACACAGGAAACUUACAGAGACACAUGAGGACACAUACUGGUGAUAAACCUUACAAAUGUGAUGUCUGUGGGAAGGCGUUCAAUCUGACACAACACUUACAGAAACACAUGAGGACACAUACUGGUGAUAAAUCUUACAAAUGUGAUGUCUGUGGGAAGGCGUUCAGUGACACAGGAAACUUACAGAAACACAUGAGGACACAUACUGGUGAUAAAUCUUACAAAUGUGAUGUCUGUGGGAAGGCGUUCAGUGUAACAGGAAACUUACAGAAACACAUGAGGACACAUACUGGUGAUAAACCUUACAAAUGUGAUGUCUGUGGGAAGGCGUUCAGUGUAACAGGAAACUUACAGAGACACAUGAGGACACAUACUGGUGAUAAACCUUACAAAUGUGAUGUCUGUGGGAAGGCGUUCAAUCAGACACAACACUUACAGAAACACAUGAGGACACAUACUGGUGAUAAACCUUACAAAUGUGAUGUCUGUGGGAAGGCGUUCAAUCAGACACAAAACUUACAGAGACACAUGAGGACACAUACUGGUGAGAAACCUUACAAAUGUGAUGUCUGUGGGAAGGCGUUUAGUAUAACAGGAAACUUACAGAGACACAUGAGGACACAUACUGGUGAUAAACCUUACAAAUGUGAUGUCUACUUAGGGAAUGUGUCUAAUUAAAUGUGAAUGAAUUGAAUAACAGAAAGCUUUAUGGGUGAUAACCAUGUAGAUGUGCUGUUAAUAGCAGGGACUGAUUCAAUAUCUCAUGAAAUGAAACACGUACUACAGAUAGUCCGUGUAUUCCUAAAGAGGUACAUUUCAUUUCAGUAGAAACAUACAAGUGGUGUGGAGAGACAUUAUAUUGGAUACAAUAUCAUCGAUGUCAUAGAUAAAUUUCUGAUUUUGAACUUCAGGGUAUUUAAACUAGCAUAAAAUGACUAUAUAUUACAUAGUAAUUAUUGGGGAUGUUAAUUUUGGGCUGGGUUUAUAUACAUGUAUGUAUUUAUUAUCAUUAUUUAAUGCAGCUGCACAUUUUCUGACAACUCGCAUUGCUUACGAUUUCAAAUUUUGAUGUUUAUUUGUUUACUAGCAUUGUUUUAAACUUUUGAUAGCAUGCUUGCCCAAUGAUUGAAGACACAUUAGCCAUGUUAGACAAUGCUAACAUGUUUUAAAUGCGGUGUUUAUAAUUUAUUUUCAUAUAUUCUUAAAUGUAAAUUUUUAAAUUUGAUUUAUACAGCUUGAAUCGGAAAACGUUUUAAGAAUAUUGAAUAUACAUGUAUGUGUUUAUACCGGAGAUGUACCAGGUUUAUAUUUUGUAGAUUAACAUAUAUACAUGUAUGUGCGUUAAUACAUCAGCAAAUUAAUUUUUUAUAUAUUUGAAA